GGCGCCCGCAGUGAAAGUGAUUACAACAAGGCAAAAUACUAAAUACAACAACAACAAAUUCAUAGCAACAACUCGAAGUCGACCAUACUUGUGCUACUCGCGUCAUGUGGAUCGGAACACCACUUAUUCUGUUAUUGGCUUUAACGCCACAGGCCAUAAUCAGUGUAAAGCAACGCGAUCUUGAAACUGUAUUUCAGUGGAAACAGCUCGUCUAUGGUUUUCCUACUGAACAAGAUCGUCAAGAGGCGUUGAAUAAUGGCAAUCUCGUGCCCAAUAAUGGUGUACCCGUCGGUUUGGCACUACAUCAUCAUGCACAAAAGGGUACACGCGUAUUCACCACGAUCCCCAGAUUCCAAACAGGCAUUCCAUACACACUGGCGACUGUGAGUGAUACUAAUGAACCGAAUGGCCCUGUGUUGAAUCCAUAUCCAAAUUAUGAAUGGCAGAAUGCUCAUGGACGUGAUUGUAAUAAAAUCACUUCCAUAUUUUGUUUGGCGUUGACAGAGUGUGAUCAGAUGGUGGUUAUUGAUGCCGGCGUUAUUGGCACCACUCAACAUUGUCCGCCACAACUACUGAUAUUCGAUUUAAAUACAGAUACUUUAGUUCAUCGCUAUCGUUUCGAAACAAACGUGUACACGCCAACCGCUUCACUACUCAUCACACCAGUGGUUGUUGUGCACGAUCCUCCUCCAAAAGGCCGCUGCCAACGCCUACAUGUGUACAUUGCUGAUGUUUCGUAUCACGGUCUCGUUAUUUAUGACUCGGAGCAGAAUACCGCUUGGCGUGCCGAGAAUAAAUUCAUGUACCCAGAUCCCGAUUAUGGCACUCACACCAUUGCUGGUGAAAACUUCACGCUGAUGGAUGGCAUAUUUGGUUUGGCCACCGAUCAACGUCAACUCUACUUCCAUCCAUUGGCCAGCAAUAGUGAAUAUGCAGUGCCAUUGAAUGUGUUGAACAAUCGUACCAAUUGGGCUAACAACUCGGGGGCAAUGGAAGAUGAAUUCCGUUCAUUGGGCCAGCGUAGUAGUGAAUGUGCAGCCGAAACGAUGGAUAGUCAGAAUAAUCUCUAUUGUGUUACAUUCAAUCCAAUUAAGUUGACCAUAUGGCAUCCUACUAGGCCAUUUAAUGUAAAACAGGAGUUGCAAGUGCCAGCAGAUCCGCGUCUAAUAGAAUUUGUCAGCGACAUGAAGCUGUUUAAAAACGGUUCAGGCAAGGAAGAAUUAUGGAUGAUAUCAAUUCGUUUUCAGAAAAUGACAACGGGCACUUUGAGUGACAAUGAAGUUAACUUUCGAAUUGUAAGGCGGCCGCUUGAUGACAUGCAGCAUGUGCCUCAUCAGGACCUGAGGCAGCGACUUAUUUUAACAUAAAAUUAUUUAUAAUAUAUUACACUCCAUAUUCAUUAAAAAGAAUUUUAUAUAUAUAAUUUGCCCGAAACCUCAUUUGAAUUAAAAAUACUAUUUACUAAAAUGUUUGUCAUUCGAUUGAUUAUUUUUAAUUACUUUAAUAAACUUUUAAUGUCAAUUCCCAUAAAUUCAAUUAAUA